CGUCUCGUCUUUCCCUGCGUCUCAUACAGAAGAAUAACAAUUAUAAAACCUUCAUCUAUUUAAAACCCCAAACAAAAUCCAUUGGUUCCAUUAACGAGCCCUGCUUGAUUCCUCGAUCGCGAUCGUUCUCGAUUGCAUCUUUGAGAGCGUCUCUUCCUUCCUUCUCCCUCUCCCUUUCCCUUUCCCUCGUGUUGCAAUGGCCGAUAACAAAGAUUUCCCGUCAUCGAGCGACGUCGAAGAGGAGGAAGGCGAGGAUUGCUAUCUCGAGAGCGAUCAAGACGAUGAUCUCGAUGGAGACCGUCCUCCAAGGUUUGGAGGACGGAACCCUAGAGGAUUGCCACUGGUCCGUGUCUUCGGUGUGUCGUGCUCCAGAUCUCUCUCCUCUUUUGAGUAGGGUGGCCAAGAAUCCAUCUGGAAAAGACAUCAACGCUCUGGAACAGCAUAUAAAGAAUCUCCUUAGCCAUUCUACCCCGUACUUCUUCAACACAUUGUACGAUCCAUACCGUGACGGUGCUGAUUUUGUGCGUGGGUAUCCUUUCAGCCUCAGGGAAGGUGUUUCAACUGCUGUUUCCCAUGGUCUCUGGUUGCACAUCCCUUACUAUGAUCUAUGAAAUUGUUAACCACUUUCAUCUGAAUGCAAGCAUUAAAGCUAUGUCAACCUUCAAAUACAAAUAUCAAUACAAGGCAAAAUUUUGGGAGAGAUGGGACCUGACUGUUGUUUCUUCAGGCGUGAGAUCAUAUCAUAAUCUUAAAAUGUGAUUUAUUGAAAAUUCUUCAAAAAUAAUGAUGUUAGAUGGCCACAUUUCUUGCAAUUAAUUUGUUAACUACACAAAAUAUCACAUAAGGGGAGACAUCUAGGUUCCUUAUGCUGCAUUGAAAUGCUGAACGUAUAAGUAUCUGUGUACAAUGUAAAACGACUCCUAAAAAACUGAAAGGUAAUCAAUUUUGAACUCAUUACAAGCCUUAAUAAUUUAGAAACUAGACACCAAGUAUUAUCUUCUAUUUGUCACUUAUCAAAUAUAAUUUGGUUCUUCUUUCUGAUCUUGUACAACCAUGUAUAUUUUACCUUUAUUAUAUUCGUUGCAUCUAUUGUAUCAUCAUUGCAUUUUAUCCUUUAUGUCGUUUCCCUUGCAUUUUUACAUUUUUGAAAAAAUUGGAGGAAAAGUUGAUUGGUUACAUGAUCUUAUCUUGUGCAGAUUAGGACAAGAAUGAUAGAGAUGGUCGCUCAUGGCCAGGCUACCUUGGAGGUCUCACUCAAACACUCCGGAUCAUUAUUUAUGUAUGCAGGGCAUAAGGGGGGGAGCAUAUGCCAAGAAUAGCUUUGGAAACAUAUAUACUGCAGUUGGUGUUUUUGUUCUGGGUUGGAUGUUUCACGAGGCAUGGGGUACUCAAGCAAGAAAAAAACAGAAAAUCGUAUAUGCAUAUCAAUGGAAUUGGUUACUGCGGUUUUAGGAGAUCAUGGACAACGACCAAUUGAUGAUUAUGGUGGCCAAGAAUCCAUCUGGAAAAGACAUCAAGGCUCUGGAGCAGCAUAUAAAUAAUCUCCUUAGCUAUGCUACCCCAUACUUCUUCAACACAUUGUACGAUCCAUACCGUGACGGUGCAAAUUUUGUGCAUGGGUAUCCUUUCAGCCUCAGGGAAUGUGUUUCAACUGCUGUUUCCCAUGGUCUCUGGUUACACAUCCCUUACUAUGAUGCUCCCACUCAGCUCCUCAAUCCUUUGGAAAGGAACAAAAGGUAUGUUGAUGUUGUUAUGAGUAUCUCCAAGGGAACAUUGUUUUCCAUGUGUGGUAUGAAUCUGGCCUUUGACCGUGAGCUUAUCGACCCCGCAAUGUACUUUGGCCUCAUGGGAGAUGGCCAGCCGAUCGGUCGUUACGACGAUAUGUUGGUUGGACGGUGUGUGAAGGUGGCUACAAUAAUUGUAGUGUAUGCACACUGGGGCUUUUCUCGCAUCAAAGGUUGUGGAUGGGGAUGGGCAGGAGUCAUAUGGCUCUAUAGCAUCGUCUUCUAUAUUCCACUUGAUAUCCUUAAGUUCAUGAUCCAUUACAGUUUGAGCGGGAAAGCUUGGCGAAGCCUCAUCCAGUGUUUUUCUUUCUUCUAUAGCAUUCAUUGUUUUUAAUUAGGAAUCAAAAGAAAUUCGCUAAAUUUAAUACAUUAUACAAUGAGGCAUAUCUGUAGGUAUGAUUUGGUUCAUCUCAUUCACAGGUUUUGAUUUUUUAGGAUUGUAUGCAUGCAUAUUUUUAAAAUUUGCUUGAGUUGUUGGUACAAAGUGCGAAGGAGGAUAAUCAAAGGUUCUUGAUAAAGCUCAAGAAUCGAAUGUAGCGGUAAAGAUUAGAUUUGAAUUGAGUUUUGUUUGUUAUUUGUUUCUUUGUUUGUAGAUAGCUGUUAUUGUUAUAAAUUUAUUCUUGUUUGUAUAUCAUUACCUUUCAUCAGGAAAGAUAAUUCAAACGAAAUCAAACAAAUGUUACAAAUAUGUUAUGAAUGUGAAUAUCUUCAAACUAACUAGAUUUGGUUUUCGAUGGGUAGCGUGAUUGGAAAAACAAAAUACAAUGUUAAUUUUCACAAAACAGGAUUAUUAGCUUCAAAUUUUGGCUUAGUUAUAGAUCUCCUUUGCACUUUGCAAAUAUGCAAUAGAAAUUUUCAUUAUGUUGCCAUUGUUCUAGAAGAAAAUUUCAUGUAACUAUAUGUGACUGGCUCAUUUUUUUUGUAGGUUGAAGUGAAUGGAAAGGUGCCUGCUAUUCUUUAUUUUAAGUUAUUGAAGUCAAAGAAAGGAGGUUUUUUGGCGAUGACAUCAAGUGGAAUUUGUGGACAAAGAUGAAAAAGUCGUGGAAAGAUAUGCACCAACAACCCCAGCUUUGAAAAUGGAGAUACAACUUUGACAUUGUACUGUAUAAUUUUGCUUCACUUUUAUUUGUACUUAUUAUUGCAACUAUAGUUUAUCUUCCAAAAAACAAUACAUAGUUUUUUGGGGUUUGCAUAAAUAUAGUGCAAUAUGGUACUUUCUUUGAGGGAUUAUAUUGCCGGUAAUACGAGUAUGUGAUCUUAUGUAUGCAUAGAGGGAUGCUUCUUCUAUAAAACAUGUAUAUUGCUGGAAAUUCAUUAACUUCUUGUUGUAAGUAAGAAAUUUUAUUUAUUUUUAA